AUUGGAACAAGCGAAGAAAGUAGCAAACCAAAAGCAAGCUCAAACAUGAAGUUCGUACUCGUAGCAGCACUUGGCGUGAUUGUGAUUUGCGGAGUUGGAGCUAUCAGCAUCGAACAAGGAGCUUCAUCAGAUGUUGAUGAGCUUAUAUGUUCGAUCUGCAAAGAUGUUGAUGUAUUCCUUAAAAAACAAGUUACUGAAGAAACAAGAAAAAGCGUUGUAUCUUAUCUAAAAGAUCAGUGCAAACUGGUUGAGAAGGCCUUUGCAAAUGCUUGUAACGAAAUUGUCAAAAUGGAGGAUGCAGAUAUUGAGGCGUUGAUCAAAAGCAAACCCGCAGCAUUUUGCAAGACAAUUUCUCUUUGUUAAAGAAUCAGUAUGAGAAUGCAAAUUCUAUAAUAAAUUCAAGGCAAACUCUUUCGAGUGAUUAUCGUCAAAAAUGGAUACGGCACAAAUAUGAAAGCCUGUUCCAAUAUUUCUUUUUGCAAAAAUAAAGAUCAAAUGACAUGUCUA